UGCCUGUGACGCGAGGCGCGUCUCUAACGACAUGCUGAGAAGCUGCGGCCGCGCACUCUCGACCGCGCAAGCGUCCUAUCCACUCGCUUCGAUCGAAUUACGUUGUGUUCAUUAGUGAUUGUGAUUUGUGUAGUAAAGUUUGCGUAAAAUGCGGCUGUGGUUGUGGGCGGCAUGCCUGCUGCAAGGGUUGUGGUGUUUGAGCGCAUAUCACGUGUUGGUGGUGUUUCCGGUGCCGUCGCGUAGCCACAACGCCCUCGGUAAGGGUGUGGUGGAUGCGCUGCUGCAGGCCGGACAUGAGGUGUCGUGGGCCACUCCGUAUCCCCCGAAGGAGAAGGUGAAGAACCUGAAUAUUAUUGACGUGAGCAUCACUACGCCGAUAAUAGAUGCGCUUGAAACGAGUAUGGAGAUGAUGGUGAAGAUGGCCAUGAACUUCACGCAAUUGAAGACGUACACAAGGACUAUCAGCAAGACUGCGAUCACUGCGCCCGCGCUACGCGACGCUGUGAUCAAGGGACAAUUCGACGCUGUCGUCACCGAGUACUUUUUCUCUGAAACCGAUGCCGGUUAUGCAGCAGUUCUGAAGGUGCCGUGGAUUCAGGUGAACGGCGUGAUGAUGAAUCCUGUGUUGGAGGACCAGAUGGACGAGGUGCGCUCCAUCUCCACGGUGCCGCAGUUAUUCAACAGCGCCGUCAUGCCCAUGCCCUUCCUCAACAGGCUCCUUAACAGCUUCAUGUACCUCACAAUGGCAGCAGACAAGUGGAUGGAUUGGUCUGAAAUAUCGUCUAUGUACAAGGAGAUGUUCGCCCCCCUAGCCUCGGCGCGUGGUACCUCCCUCCCGUCGUUCGACGAGGCGUACUACAACGUGUCGGUGUUGCUGGUCAACUCGCACGGCUCGUACGCGCCGGCCUUGAGCCUGCCGCCCAAUGUUGUCGAGGUCGGCGGGUACCAUCUUAAGGACAGCGUUCCCCCGCUCCCUAAGGAUCUGCAAGAGCUACUGGACGGGUCACCGCAGGGCGUGGUGUACUUCAGCAUGGGCUCGGUGCUGAAGUCAGCUAAGUUCCCCGACGUCACCAAGCGCGAGCUGCUGCAGGUGCUGGGCGAGCUCAAGCAAACCGUGCUCUGGAAAUUCGAGGAGCAGCUCGAGAACAUGCCCAAGAACGUACACAUCAGAUCCUGGAUGCCGCAAGACAGCAUAUUAGCUCACCCCAACGUAAAAGUUUUCAUAACCCACGGCGGGUUGCUGAGCACGCUGGAGGCGCUAAACAGUGGCGUGCCGCUGCUAGCCGUGCCAAUUUUUGGAGACCAGCCCGCCAAUGCGGAGCGUAUUGCUCUCGCCGGCUUCGGACGGCACAUCAAGUUCCGCCCAGAGAUGGCCCAGGAUCUGAAGGUCGAGCUGCGUGAAAUGCUUUCGAAUGACAGUUACCUAAAAAAGGCGAAGUCCUUGUCGAGCCUGUUCCAUAACCGCGUGGUGCCGCCGAAGAAGCUCAUCUCGCGUUACAUAGAGCUGGCCAUCGAGACUAACGGUGCGUACCACCUCCGCUCGAGCAGCCGGCUAUACCCGUGGUACCAGCGCUGGAUGCUGGAUCAACUCGCGCUAGUACUGCUGGUGCUCUUACUGGCGUUCCUCGCCUUGAGGUUCGCCUUUAGGGCAGUCUCCAACAAAAUAUGGGGCAACAAGUCCAUAAAAGUGAAUAAAGUUAAGAAAAAUUAGGUUA